UUUAAUUGAAUAGAAAUUUUUGCUCGGUUCUUAUUAUUAAAUGCGUCUAGUGGCUGUGUGAUAGUAUGAGUAGAGAUACACAAAUCUGAUUUAUAAUAACGAUCAAUCCAGCUGUUCAUUCCGUUUCAUAAUUUUGGCCGUCAACUCGAUCAUAUCUUUUAGUAGGUGUAUGGUUAAAAUUCUUUAAUUCAGGAGAGUUUUUCGUUUUGUUUUAACAUUGUGACCAGCAUUCUCUGUGCUAAAAAUGUACAGAGUAGGUACUUUCGGACAGAUAGUUAGGCAAAUAUUAUUGACUAUUACGAUCCAUCCAGCUGUUGCAAGCGAUACCUGAAAUGGACUGACAUAUAUUCCACCACCAUCUGAUUCCAUCUUUCCCCUUAUAAAAAUCAAAUGAGAGUAACAAAAGAUGAAGUGCUCUUAACUUUCAAUAGUUAUUCACUAUUCGAUUACGAUUCAACUGAGCAGAAAUUUGUUAAAUUUUAUCACAACAUAGACUUAAUGCUCCGUUUAGAAAGCAUAUAGAUAUGUCUAAAACUAAAUAGCAAUUUUCAUUUCGUUCUAACUGUUACCCUCAUUCUUCAUAUCCAGUGGCGUGUAAAAGUGUACAGAGUAAUUGUUAACAGAUAGUUACGCAAAUCUGAUUGAUGAUAACGAUCCAGCUGGUGAUACCGUUGCUUCAAUUUGGCCACCGUCUGCUCAAUUACAAGUUUGACAGAUGAACACUUCACAUUAUGACAUUCGCAACAUAAUGACGUCAUGCUGUUCUGGUUGAUCAAAUAACACAAAUCCAUAGGCUCUAGUUUCAGUCUUGUAUCUAAUAGUAAUAUCUAGUGCUACGAAAAAUCUUUCAAGAUGAUGCAAGCGCUGCUCGAGUCGCUCUACAAAAUCUAUUCAGAUUGGCGCGCGCCAAUGACGGACGAGCCGGAGUCGGGUCGGCGGGCUCGGGCGCCGCCGGCACCGCCGCCCCGCGCGAGCGUGCGCCCCGAGCCGCGGCCUCGCACCCUCCCUCCGCGGCUCAUCCGACCCUCCGAGCACCUCGCACUCGUGGAGCAGGCACGCGAGAGGCGCCCGCCGCCUCUCGUGCCGGCCGUCACCGUGCUACAGGGACACCAGGGACCGCGCCCGUCGCCCCUAGGACCCUCUAUCCCUGUGGCACAGGGACAUGCUCGUCCAACACCCCUCGUGCCCGCAAUCACUGUGUUCCAAGGGCCGCCGAGGCUACAGAGGUCCCAGGGGCCACCUGUGCCCCGGCCCCCGCCCCCGCCUCCAGGCCCCAGGCCCUAUAUCCCGCCACCUACACGCAUGCCGACCCCCUUGCCGCAUCCUGUUAUGAGGCUGCCACAACCGAGGAGAGAUGUUCAGCCACCACCAGUCGUCCACGCACCGCCAGUGGCGUUACCGCCUCCCACCUCCGCGUCGUCGCCGCCAGCCGCUCACUGCUCGGCCCCGCGAACCAUCGUCAUCCAGCGGCCCGACGCACGUCACGGCUUCGGUUUCACGCUCCGGCACCUUGUUGUAUACCCGCCAGAGUCUUUACAGGAAUUGUAUGAGGAUGCGCGGCACCUGGCAGUGGGCGCAGUGGGUGCGCCAAUGGACACCAUCUUCGUAAGGUCCGUGCGGCCGGGCGGGCCGGCGGCUGCGGCGGGACUGCGAGCCGGUGACCGCGUGCUGGCCGUCAACGGCGAGCCCGUCGCGUGCGGCCGCUCCCGGGCGCCGUACGCAAGGGUCGUGCAACUCGCGCAACGAGAGCCCAGGACGCUGAGGCUGACUGUUGUGCCGAGAGAUCACGAUUUAUUGCAAAGGUAUUUCAGCGAAGCAGCAUACAAUCCAGAGUCGAACCAGCGGGUUCUCGAAAUGCCAGCGGUCACCGAGCACGAGUCGCGCCUGUUCGACGCGUGCCGAAGACCGCGGCUCCCCGCGUUGCCCGCUCCGCAGGCUCCACUUCGACACCGCGAGGACCCGGAGUACGCGACGGUGGCCUCCCCACCGGCAAGGUUCGAUGUGCCACGAUUACCGACGACACCGCACUAUCUUUUACAUGAUGGUAGGAGAGAAUCCGACACAUCUCUCCCAUCGUCAGCCGCGGAGAGCAAAGACAGUCUCGGCUCCUUUGACUCCAACUCGACACUCACGGGCCGAGAGCUUGACGACUCGAUCAUCCUCUCCCGAAUACGAAAGAGCCUUGAGCAGAAGGAGGCCUUCCUCAGACGUCCCAGCCAACCCACAGGGUGGGUCACCCCGGACGCACCACCACCGAUAAAACAAAAAGAGUUUUAUGCCAGACCGCAGAAGUUGCAAAAACCAGCGUGGCCACCGCCACCUUCUUCCCCACCACUCGCAGCAUCCCCCCCACCGCCGUUACUCCAACCGCAGAUCCACGAACAGAGAAAAGAAGAAUGUGCCACUAGUGUAGAUAGUGGAACGUACAGCGGUUAUGGAGAAGUUAACGGAACGCAUAGCGAUAAGAGUAGAACGAAACAAGAUAAGAGCCAGUUUGUGGCGACUUUGUCAAAGAUACACGAGACCUCACCGAGUAUGCAGAGUACGAAUGUUGGAACUCUAAGCAAUGGAUCCUCUAGCGAGUUCAGAGAAGAAAAUGGUUUAUCUAGUAACCAGGAUAAUAGAUACCCAGUACCUGAGCUACAACUAGUAACAGCGCGUACCAGGCAGCUCGAAGAGGCGCGAGGGGUUGGCGAAAGAAGAACGGAAGUGGCGCGAAGUGAACUCGCGCGACUUUCCACCACGAGGCUGGAGCCCAGCGUGGCACUCAGGCGCAAGGAGUUCGAAACCAGAACUGUCAGGCGUGAAGCACGAUCUCUGGAUGUGCAACCUCAACAUGAUUUAGAACAGGAUACGACAAUCCUCGGCGGCAGCUUGUCAGGCAACCAGCUGAUGAUAACCGGCAGCAAACACCUCCAUUGCCCACCUCCUGAUGGAUUUAUCAUGCCCGAAACAGAAAAGGUUCAAAUGCGAACAAGGUCGAAUAGUACCGGUAGUGAAGGAUUAUCCAUUAGAAGACAUCAUGCCACAGAUGGCAGUCACGCGAAGAGACGUAUGGGGCUGAACAGAGAGCAAAUGGAGGCCAUGAACCGGGUGUCGCUGCCGGGCGAGGGUCCGCAGAGGCCGACGCAGCUCAGCCUCGCGCCGCCCUCCGACUCGACCUCGGCCUCGGCCUCGGCGCACACCUCGCCCUCGCCCACGCCCACUACGCCCGCCGACUCAGGAUUUGCCGAUGAUAUUGUGACGAGGCGACAUAAAAAGGAUGCACAGCUGGGAGAAGAGGAACGUGCAAUGCGAAGGGUGUCCUACCUGAAGGCGACUUGGGGUGAUCGCUUACAUUUGGAUAGCGACGUGGAGCCUGAUGCAGAACAUUACGCCCUUAGAAGUGCUUACCGAAAAUGGCGUCCUCCACGAUUGACUGAAGACAUUACGCCGCUGCUGAGAAUAUUCGACCCCCAAGCCACCCUUCCCGUGCGUCCAGAGAAGAAAGGGCAAGAGGCGACCGAAACUACCGACGCGUUAGAGGCUGACGUGCAAGGCAAUGUUCAAAUUAAAAUGGUUGUCAGCAACGGAAAGCGCGCGAGCGACAGGUCGUGGAAGCAGGUGUGGGCCGUAUUGCAGGGCACCAAGCUUUACUUAUACCGGAACCAUCCCACGCAGAGCCCCGGUGCGGUGACCGGUAGCGGUACCGGGACCACUGGAGCGGAAGGAGGCUCCCGGGAUACCCUGGAUGUGCGUUAUUCACUCGCAGCCUUAGCAGACGAUUAUACCAAACGGAAACAUGUGGUGCGCGUCACUACGGCCGCUGGUGCAGAACUGCUUUUACAGGCUGAAGGCGCCGCGGACGCACAGCGUUGGCUGGCCGCCCUGCGAAGACAUUCUGCUGAGCCUCCACCAGCCGAGCCUUCCUCCCUCCCCCCGCCGCCAGCUUCUGCACCUCCCACCACCACUACUGCGCCCGAGUGUCCAUCGCCGCUGCCGCCGCAACGCAGCAAGAAGAUCGGCAGGAACAGGUCGCCUACCGGUCCUCCAACUCCAACACUCCCGUCGUCCCCCAAGAACAAGACAUGGAAAGGACGCAUGGCGAAACAAUUGCGGCGAAUGCACGGAGGUGCUGCGACACCAGCGCCGGCUGCCGCCACUGGCUGGCUGGGAGCUCCUUUAGAGCGGUGUCCAUCCGAUCCAGAAAAUCCACUUGUGCCCAAAGCAGUCACGUUACCCGCUCAGGCCGUCGAGGCAUACGGUCUCCGCACGGUAGGCGUGUACCGCGUACCGGGUAACGCUGCAGGUGUCGCUGCGUUGGCGGCAGCCCUGGAUCGUGGGGAACCUCCACCCGCGGGUGACGCUCGCUGGGCCGAUGUGCACGUAGCCUCUAGCUUACUCAAGGCCUACCUGCGGCGCCUGCCCGACCCAAUCCUCACCGCGCACCUAUACCCUGCUUUCAUAGCUGCCGACCGGUCACCAGAAAGAGCGCGAGAGUUAAGACGACUCGUCCACGCCCUACCCGAAGCCCACUACGAAACACUCAAGUACCUGAUCCAACAUUUGCGCAGAGUGGUUGCGCACUCCUCCCUCAACAAAAUGGAGGCGCGAAACUUGGCCAUCGUGUUUGGUCCAACGUUAGUGCGGGCGGCCAGCGACGACAUGCUGGCCAUGGUCAACGACAUGUCCAGUCAGUGUCGCAUCAUCGAGUCCUUCCUAACUCAUUACGCGUGGUACUUCGAGGACGAGGCCGACGAGCCGCCUCGCGAGACGGCUGCGAACGCCGACCAGCUGUCGCCCGCGCCUGCUCCUUCGCGAGACCUGCUCAUACACAACGUCAAGAAGAUUGAAGGCAAAGACGUGUCAACCCGCGACAUCGUGUCCUCUAUAAUAUCGGCGGCCAACCGCAAGAUCCAGCGCAAGCCUCGCAAGAGCGACAAGAAGUGGGAGGCGCCGCGCUCGCCCGGUACUUCACCCCCGCGCUCGCCACUCGCAUCGCCGCCCUCGGCGCCGCCCGCGCACCUCGCCACCUCGCUGGCGCACUACGACGGUCUGCCGCACUAUAUUGACAGGCAUCACGCACAGGACAAAAUCGAAAUCGAGACAGUGGGUGCGUUAAGCCGCGGCCGGCAGGAUAUUUCACGGCACACCCUCAACAACUUCUCCAUCGAUGGAGCCGGAGACCUGGUGUCUUCCCUGACGAGCACGUUCGACCAGAAGCUGCGCACGCUCAACAAUUCGUCGCCUCUGGACGACGGCAGCAUCCCUUACGCGGACGAGUGCCAGGACGACGACGAGGGCAAGUCCAGCGGCAGCUCGCCGUCGGACGCGGGCUCGGUGCGCGGGUCGUCGCCCGUGCGUGCGCGCGCCGACCAGCUCAAGGCGGCGUGGCUGCGCUCCGCCUCGUCCUCGUCCGACGAGCCCGACGCGCGCGCGUGGCCGCCGCCGCGCUCACAGCGCGCGCCGCCCGCUCCCGCGCCGCGCACCGACGACGACUCGGAGAAAGAGAACUGCGGCGCGCUCGACGAGGCGUUGCUAGACGACGAGAAGGACAUAGACACGCGCUCGCAGAGCUCGGGCGGCGACGCGCGCCCCGACAACGACAAGCUGCACGUGGCCAAGCGCGGCGGCGCCGACGCGGCGGCCGACGCGGAGCGCAGCAAACAGAAGCGCGCCGAGUCGCUGACGCGCGACGCGCCGCGCGUGCUGCGCUCCGAGUCGCUCAACUGCCGGCCGCAGCGCUCCGAGUCGCUGGGCAAGGGCGAGCGGCUGGGCAAGGCGGAGAAGGGCGAGUGGAACGCGGUGCGGAGGCGCGAGGCGGGCGCGUGGCGCUCCACCAAGCUGAAGCGCAAGAACGGCAUGCCGGAGCGCGGCAUCAAGCGGCGGCACACGGUGGGCGGCACCAAGGACUUCGACAAGGACGGCUGGGCGGCGCGCCACACGCGCACGUCGUCGCCCGACCUCACGGCGGCGUGGCUGCUGCCGUUGCCGCGCGCGCCGCUCGAGUCGCACGUGUGACGCCCGGCCGCGCGUUUCGUGUGGUGCUCCGACACCUGGCGCGCUAGAGACGGUCCUAUGUUCUUGAACGACGCCCGCGGGCGACCCGCGUCGUACCCGCUCGAAUGCGGCGACGGUUUCUUGUCUUUCGUUACGAGAGAGGCUAUUAUUUGAUUCGAUUCGUUUGACUGAAUAGAUUAAGUCACAAAUUUCUUAAUAUUAUAUUGUGUAAGUAGACGAAAAUAAUACUCAAAAUCUUUUGUAAUAUGGUGCGUUCUAUCUUGCGCGUUACCUUGAUCCUUGCGACAAUUUAAAAAUCCGAAACUUACUUAGGUGUCUAUUAAAAUAGUAUAUGAUGAUUAUAUACUGAGAUUGGUUUCGUCUGCAAUUUUAUCAAUUGAAUAGUGCAAUACAAUUAAUAUAAUAUUGACGAAGAGAACGUAUAAUUAUAAACGUAAAAUUUAUUAGUGGAAUCGUAACUGAACUCGGCUCACUAUAUAAUGCCAAAGAAUGAUAAGGAAGUGACCCGUUGAGGAAAUAAAUAAACGCGAUACCGUACCUCACGGUGGGAGAAUAAAUCAGAGACCACUAUCAUAAGUUGGUUCUACAAUGCUACGAAAAAAGUGAAGCAACGAAACGUUAUCUAGAAAAUGAUAACAUGUAUUUUCUUUAGUAAACUUUCGCGUACAAUAUGUUACGCUUAUUGUCAUUAUAUCCCACAAAUCUACAUAUAGGUUCGUAGUUAUGACUCCCUCUGUAGGUAUUAAACUACUUUUAACGGAGUUGGUGUGGGACUAAAGGUGACUAAAAAGAGUGCAAAUAAAAGCAGCAUAAUAUAAUUUAAAUAAGUGCUAUUAGUUUGUAGUUAAUGUUAAUAUAGAAAUGCCGGAGGGCUCACUUUUAGUCUUAAGAUAAGUGAUAGAACCCUGAAGGUAUAUAUAAAUAUGACAUAAAGCGCUAUAACACCACUCUAGCUUUUAAGGACUGUUCGUUUUAGAGCUAAUAUUCUUAGGUACUCCAAGAGGUUCUGAUGUAGAAUGUGAUUAAAAUGGUAUUUUAAAAUAAAUAUACAUGUACGCAUGCGACACCUUGCCAUCGCGGGUUAGCACUAUCAAAUUUUCAUGCACAAUUCUCAAUUAUUAGAUAUUUUAUGAAUUUUGAAGUUACCUUAUAGUGUUUCGUUUGGCAAGAAUGGUCGAUGCUAAAAAUUUUAGCUACUAAUUUUAAUAUACCUACAUUUAAGCCUUAUAUUUUAAACGAUUUUAAAGACGUCAAUGGAUAUAUAUUUUAAAAUAAUGACGCAAUAGAUAUGCUAUGAAAUAAUUAUUGUAAUAAUAAAUUAUUGAAUGGUCAUAGUUCAAAAAAUCACUAAGUUAACUUUUACGGAUAAAGUUUUCAUGGAACAUAAAAAUAUGUAUCCCUAGUUCAUAACCACUUGUUUAUUCUGAGCUUUUAUAUCAACAAUAAAAACAGCUAGAAACUUCUAUGGUAAUGAAUAUCGGGAAUUUUAAGUUUAGGGCACUGGUUUUUUGAACUUUGCCUUUCAAUUGACUAUGUAGGAGGCGCAGUGGCUUGUAAGAACUGCGGUAACUCAUGUAACACCACACUACAGUGAUAUAAUUAAAGUGAUCCCUUAUAAGCUUUGUAAAAAAAUGUACAUUUAUUGUAUCCUUAAUUUAUAUUAAAUUUGUUAUCGUAGCUUUGUUGAAUGCAAUUAUUUUUUUAUUGUUUUGUUUAUCGAAGAAAGUAUUCUAGGCUAAAUUCUAUUGUUAUUUAUUUUCGAGUUGUAAAAUGUAUUUGGCAUAUUUCCUCUUUUAUAUUUUAAAUAUUAAUAAACACGAGCAGUUAUGUAAAUAUUUUCCUGUAAAAUGUUUUAGAAUUUCGUUCAUUAAUUUCUUUUUAAAUUUUUAUACCAUCGUAAGUUAAGACGAUCUCAAGUUUGUUGAAUGUUUGCAAAGCGUUCCUUUUAAAGUUUUAUUUGUAAAUAUAUCAUUUGAUGUAGGGACAGUGAAUUUACUAAUUUUUACAUGCUAUUGCGGUAGCGGUAGGCGAGAACUCGACACAUGAGAUUUGUAUUCAAGGUAACCUAUUCAUGCUCUUCGUAUAAUCCGCUAUAAAAUUCAAUUAAACACAACUAAAGACAUCUUAAAGAUUAUGGUUGAAACCAGAUUUACAUUAUUUGUCAUUGUGUAUAUUUUGGAGAAAUGAAAAUAAAAAAUAUUAAAGAAUUUA